AUGGGAUUGCUCAGAAGAAUAAUGAGGAGAGUCAAUUUCUACCGAACAAAACGUAUGCCUCUUCAGGUUCUAGACUGUCAGGUUAUCUACUUUUUGUGGCAUGGCAAUGGAUGUACAUAUGGGCCAUAUGAUGUUGAAGCGAUGAAAAGAUUUGAUGCCGUCGGAAAAUUGCAUCACCCAAGUCGAAUUCAAAUUAUCGAAUGCACCAGGAAAAGCUCUGUUGGCCUACUGGAGUGGUUUGGAUCUGUUGAAGAUCUCAGAAAAUUAUUCGGCCGCGAUGAUUGUUUCCCAAAACGUCUGUCACAGUUUAUUGGAAAAUGGACACUGCCAGAAAUCAUUCCAAAUCCAGCCCUGUACAGAUACGAACCUAUCAACUUCCGCACAUUCAACCUAUCCAGUUUUCUCAGCAAUCUGAGCACCUCCACUAGGUGUCCAUUUGUAACUGGAACUCGUGAUCCAUCUGUAACUGAUGAUCAAAUUCUUCCAUUGUCGUCUAUCGUUGACGUUGCAAGACGCAUUCUGAUAGAGUACGGAAACUUGGAUCCAGAUGAGAGACAACUUCUACACAUCCUUCUCUCUGAAUACUUUUCUCCGGCCGUAAUCAAGUACCAAAGAAUUUUUACUAUUGAUUUCGACUAUCUCAAAAUUCGCCAUCUUCUUGACGAUGUUAAACGGUACACAUUUGAAAGGAAAUUGGGCAGACAGCUCGCCAAGAUUGCGGCCAAUCAACAUCAACAAUCUUCGCCAUCUUCUGCUUCGUCAUCUCGACAACUAGGAUGGAUGCAAGCGCCGAGCUAUUACCAGGGAAUCGAACUUCAAUAA